AAAGCACUGAACCGGACGAAUCGGACACCGCAACAGCUGACAACAUUGACUUUGCGCAGUACAGAAAGUACGGCGGGGCUUCAGUCACAGCAGCUUCCAAAACAAGAAACGUGCACAGACACAAGGACAGACAAGUUACAGGCACCCGGGAGGAGAGAGUCAGAAAGCUGCGAUGAUUUUAGACAACAUUCCCCUUCACUGACGUUAAAGAGUUGCACCACAACGCCUGAAGAACAUGGAUACACCUGAAGAGUCAAUAAGGAUGACGUCUGAUCCCCAAAUCAAAAUAUGUGUGCAGAAUCCAGACACACACAUACAUCUAGAGCAAAGCCCAUCGGCAAAAUCAGGCAAUGGUGGAGCUCUGGUCUUGUGCUCUGUGUCUGUGGCCUGCCUGAGUGGCUUGCUGAUGGGAUAUGAGAUGAGUCUGAUAUCUGGAGCUUUGCUUCAACUCAGGGACGUUUUGACUCUCUCCUGCCCGGAGCAAGAGCAGGUCGUUGGCUCUCUUCUGCUAGGAGCCUUCCUCCUCUCCCUGGGCGGGGGCACCAUCCUGGACCACUACGGACGACGCUUCACCAUCAUCCUUACUGCGCUGUUGUGUGUGUUGGGAACUCUUCUGAGUGUGUGUGUGGUGUCGUUUUGGGCGCUAGUGAUCGGGAGAAUAUUGGUUGGGAUGUCAGUGGCGCUGUCAGGCACGGCGUCUUGUUUGUAUGCAGCAGAAGUGGCACCAGCCGCCUGGCGCGGGAGGUGCGUGUGUGUGUAUGAGUUGAUGGUGGUUUUAGGGAUGCUGUUGGGUUUUGGACUGAGCUGGGCGUUCGCUGGGAUUCCGGAUGGAUGGAGGUUUACAUUUGGUGGCGCGCUGCUUCCCGCUUUACUGCAAGCUGGGGUUAUGCCACUUUUGCCAGAAAGUCCGCGCUUUUUGCUCACCCAGCAGCGCGAAAAGGAAGCUCAUGCCACUCUGCUUCGACUUCGUGCUGGGAUCAAAGAAGUCGAGCCAGUGGAGGACGAGCUCCGGGCCAUCCGUUUGGCAAUGGGCGCAGAGCGUCUUCAUGGCUUACUAGACCUCUUCCAAUCCCGGGACAACAUGCUUCAGAGGCUUCUUGUUGGCGCUGCGCUGGUGUUCUUGCAGCAAGCCACAGGACAGCCUAAUAUUUUAGCAUAUGCAUCGACUGUUCUCAGUAGCGUAGGCUUUCAUGGGAACGAGGCGGCGACUCUUGCAUCUACAGGGUUUGGUGUUGUUAAAGUGGGCGGAACCAUUCCUGCAAUUUUUCUAGUGGACAAAGUGGGCCCUAAAGCUCUUCUGUGUGUUGGAGCGGUUGUCAUGAUGUUGUCAACAGCAACGCUGGGGGCCAUUACUAUGCAGAGCCACACACACGUUUCCAGCCUAUGCAGAGGCCCCGGUAAUACAGCAAACGUUACGUUAUUUGAGAUGGGAGAUGAGACUGAUAUCCAGACCAACACUCCACUGGGCUUAUACCAGCCUUCUCAAAACAAGCUCAAAACAAACGCUUUUCUCACGAGCAUUAAUGACACUAGAGAGCAUUGGAUUUUAAACUACACCUAUGAUCAUCGGACUGCUUUUAUGGAAACAGCUGAGGGUUCAGAGAAAGACAGUGCAAAGAUUGCCCUUCAGUCUCUUCACGAAGUGUCGCCCUCGCUGAAAUGGAUCUCACUGGUCAGCCUGCUGGUGUAUGUAGCUGGAUUCUCCAUCAGCUUGGGACCAAUGGUUCAUGUGGUUUUAAGUGCAAUCUUUCCAACUGGCAUCCGGGGAAAGGCUGUAUCUGUCAUCUCUGCCUUUAACUGGGCCACAAAUUUGCUCAUAUCGAUGACCUUCCUUACCCUGACAGAACGGAUUGGCCUCCCCACUGUCAUCUUCUCCUACUCUGCUAUGAGCUUCCUGUUGGUGGUGUUUGUGAUUGUGUUCGUGCCAGAGACCAAAGGCAGAUCGCUGGAACAGAUCUCAAAGGAACUUGCCAUGAAGAAUCACCUGAGAGGCACAUUGCUGUGUCACAGAAGAAAACACAAAGCUACAGCACAGCCUUCACAGGAGGAAAAAGCCCUCGCAACAGUUUGACUUUUUACCUAGAUGAAGAGUGAAAGAGCAACAGAUCAGACAGCUGAACCUGUGACUGCACCAAUCAGAGAAUUGAAGAUAUCUGCCUGAUUUAUGUUGUCAGGGUGAAAGCAGUGCCUUCCCAAUUUAAGAAAAAUGUAACAAGCCAAUCUGUUUCAUUGUAUUCUUCUUUAUGUAUUUUAAGUAAAUCUGCAUUUAUAUGGAGCUUUUACCACUCACUGUUAUGAAACUCUGGAGGGAAACUGCAAUCAUUAGCAUAAUCAUGCCAUGGCAUGUCCAAGGCAAGUUCUGUGGCAAAGUCACAUAUCAGUGUUUGUGUGCUGAACAUUACCAUAAGUAACAGUUUAAGUAUGGCAUGAGAUGCCUUGUAUAAUCAUGUUACACAAUUGUGAAUCAACAUGUUAUGUAACAUUUCAAAAUUAUAUUGUUGGUUGUUCAUAAAUACAUAUGGCUUAAGCCAAAACAGUUGUUUGAAUGGUUUUGACUAGAGAAAGUGUAUUUCGUUUCAUGUAUUGAAGUCGUUUUAUGGAAAUGUUUAAAUGAUUCCAUAGAAAUAUGUAGGGAUGUCCUCAUAAACCAUUGUAAAUUGAUAUACAGAGGCCAUACCCAUGUCAUUGACAAAUUUGUGUCUUCACAACCCACUAAAACCAACACACACACACACACACACACACACACACACACACUAUUACACACAAAUAUGUUGAUCGCUGGAACAGAUCUCAAAGGAACUUGCCAUGAAGUGAGUGGACAGACUGGUUUUGGUGAUUUAUGAGGACUCUUCAUAGGCAUUAUGUACUUUAUACUGUAAAAACACUUACUAUAUGACCUGAAACCCAAAACUCAAAUUAUGAAUCCGAAAACCUCAUCAAGUAGGAUUUUUAACAGUUUUGUCCUUAUAAACAGUUGUACAUUGUAAUACAGAAGCCAUACCCAUGCCAUUGGACAAUCCUGUUGCCUCACAAACCACUAAAACCAAUACACACACACACAAAAUUAUGUUUUAUUUGAAUGAGUUUGUGUUAUUCUCAAAAUAAUUUAAUUUGAAGGUGUUUGCUAAGGGAUCACUUUUUUAUUGCUGAUGAAAUAUUUGAAUAUGGAUUAGGUAGUUUUAUUUGUAUGAAAAAUUAAUCUGUCAUUUAAAUUAUAAUUGUUUUGUGUAUUUGAAAUGUUAUCAAUUUAUCAUUUUAAACCUUAUACAGGGUUCUCUACAAGCCAGUGUAUCAGUGAUGAUUCAAUUUAUGAAUCACACUCUUAUGAUGCAAUACAAUUUCUAGGAAAGUGAACAUUCUGUCAUCGUUUACUCACCCUUUGAUCCAAACCCGUUUUAACUUCUUCUG